UGUCAUUUCCGAACAAAACUCCCGAAUUCCUAAUUCUGAGCAUGUUUAUCGUUAUCUGCUGCUCUGCUUAUGAAAACGGUUUUACAGGAAAGAUACAAUUUCCAUAUACUCCAUCCUUGACCCGGAAGGCUGCUUAUUUGUUUGUGGUCAGAUGUUCAGACAACAUGUUAGUGACUCGCUUUAACACGAUCAACGUAAACUUGCUGUUUGUUUCCGUCUGGAGACGUUUCCCUGCACGUCUGUGGAGUUUAAUGCUGCAAAUUCUUUUCAGAAUAAUUUCAAAGGUGGACGAAGGUCCAGCUGCACCGCCGCCUGAACACAAAGCAUGCUUUUAUUUUGACGUUUUCUGGCGGAAAUGAUGGGUGUUCACAUCAUUACUUGAUCAGUUAGAGUUGAGUUGAAGUGGAUGUUAAGACCGUGUGAAAGUGCGGCGUGGGAUCGCAGAGAAGCUAUGAAGCAGUUAGUAACUUUGCGGCUCCUGGUAUAACCGGGGGUUCGGCUCGGCUCGGUUUACGCGGUAAGGUUCCGUGAGGGUUCUAGCUGCCUGGCCGCCGGUCUUCCUCCCAGCGUCGGGAGUGGAGCAGUUGUACAGCUUGGAGCCGCCGAACAAAGACCUUUUCUUCCCGGACCAUUGUUGUCGUGUAGGGUCCCUGAAACUGAUCCCGAACUGGUUUUGGACGGUUAAAGCUUCCUUCAGCACAGAGACUGCCACCCUGCUGACCAUCCUCUGAGGUCUGCCUGUAGCUGUCUGAUUGAAUGGAGGCUGUAGUGAUUUGUGUUUCUCACAGCGACACUGUGCUGCCUACUUGGUAAUUGGCUGAGGAUGCUCAGGCUUUCAGAUCCAUGCAGCUAUAUUUUGCUGUCGUGCUAACAGGUUCGGGGCGGCUUGUGCUCCAGUCAUGACCUCUGGGAAUGGGAGCACUAACAGCAGCCAGCACAGUGGAGAGAGCAAAACAGCCCAGCAGGCUAUAGACACGUCCCACAUCCUGACGCACCUGAUUGAAGGCUUCGUCAUCCAGGAAGGUGCCGAACCUUUCCCUGUGGAGCGUCCGUCUUUCUCCAUAGACAGCCUCAGGAGACGUGCAGCAGAUUCAAAGAUGGAUGGCCUAUCUUCAAAGGAGUCAAAGGUCCAGCAGGAGCCCAUGUUGACCUGUGAGCUGUGUGGAAAGGUGGACUUUGCCUACAUCUUCAAAAGAUCCAAGAGGUUCUGUUCUACAGUGUGUGCUAAACGCUACAAUGUGGGAUGCACAAAGAGAAUGGGUCUCUUCCCAAACCGCAAAACCAGUCUGGAGAACCUGAAGAAACGAACGUUGAAUGGGAACUACAAAAACACUAGUUUGGAGUCUAAAAAGAAGACUACUCCCUCUGCUGGUCACACUGUCCACCCUGCACAGGAGGAGUACAGUCAGUGUUCAGACCUGUCUGGCUAUAAAAGAGUGCCGUCACCCCUGUCUGCUGCCCCACGGGUUCCUCCAGUGCAGGCCUCUGAUCUCCCAGUGCUCCUCCACAGCUUUCUGCCCAGCGAUCCAGGAGAGUGGAACAUCCAGGACGUCUAUGAUUUCAUCUCCUCCCUGCCAGGUUGUUUGGAGAUUGCAGAGGAAUUCCGCUCUCAGGAGAUCGAUGGACAGGCUCUCCUUCUGCUGAAGGAAGACCAUCUCAUGGGAACAAUGAACAUCAAACUGGGCCCAGCCCUGAAAAUCUUUGCGCAGAUUAGCAUGCUUAAAGAGUCGUAGCUCGUCUCACACUUAAACCUCCAUAACAGACAGGUCUCCUGUUACCAGACACAUCAGUCUCAGGAUUUGUGAACAUUUAUCAUGACCUCAAAGACUCUCAGUAUUUCUUCAUCUCACCUUGGAGACUUUUCUACUACUUCAAGAACAAAGGUAUUUCACUGUUGGACACUGAUGUUGUCUUGUGUAGUUUUUGAGAACACACUUGGCUUUCAUAGUUUGUUACCAUGCUGUAAGUUCACUUCCUGCUUCAGGUCAGCAGCAGGGCUGAUGUUUUCACCAAACAGACGUGACAUUGUGUGCAAAGGUACAAGCUAAAAACACAACACUACAGCAGUACCUGGGUCACAUGCUGCACCCAUUCUUAGAUUUUCACACAUGACUGAUAACCUAUCAUACAUCACCUACUUUCCUAUUAAACUGAGCAAAAAAAUGACUGCAAUAUUGCUAUAGUACUACUUUAGACAGGCUACCAUGUACCAGUCAGCAGAUGCCAUUUUAUGACUGGUGCCAAUCUCCAGUGGGAGAGAGCUGGGGUUUUCCUUGGACAGGUCACCUUCUGUCAUAAGGAAACACAGAGCCACAAACGACAACCAACUAUGAUGACACACUCUUAUACCUAAGGGCAAAUAAACUGGUUUAUUUGCUUCCCAGCAACUUUCCUGAUCCAUUUUACAUUUAUUUAAAAGUGACCUAUUAGACUUCUGUUUUAACAUUUGCAAUAGGUCUAUACAAAACAUGUUAAUUACAUUUUUUGCACAAAAUCAUUAUUGAGAUAAUGAUCUUUAGUUUGCCCCUUAUUGAGCUCCUUUCAGAAUGAGCUGUUUUAGGGUUCUUUCACUUUUAUGCAAAUUAGCUAUAUCUGGCCACGCCCAGCUCUUUAUACAUGUGAAAACAACACUGAAAACCUAUAAAGGGCAAAACAUAGUCGCGUGUAAGGUGGUCGCUGACUCACAGAGGACAUCCACCGGACAUGUCUGCGCAAAGCUACAUUUUUACGACCAUGUACGUGGUGUCACCCUAUAAACUGCUCGGCAGGAAAAAGCCUCCACAUCUGUUUUUUUUUUUGACUUUAUUUUUGUUAAUAGAUCAUUUUACAUGGGAAAAAUAAACAGAAAUAUAACAGUGAAGAUAGCAGACGGUCAAUACAGGUUCACAAAUAUGAUCAGUUGUAAUGUGUAAAUCAAAAGCUGAGUCACAGAGACACAUUCAUUUGUACAUCAUAUUCAUCUAGACUAUUGGCAACCAUAGGAAAAAAGAUAUCAGUUCUACAGGUUAUAGAUUAAGACAUCUGCACAGGACAGAACAAGCACUUUCACUACUUUAGCUCCAUAUAAGAUAUCCAAGUUUUCUAGGACCUCUCAAAUUUAGCACUUGCAUAUCUCAGAGAGAAGACCAGAAGCCCCAUCCUAUAAAUCUCCCCGAUGAUCUCUUUCCAUUCUGAAAUAGAUGGAGGCUCCUUAAUGAGCAAUUUUCUAGUUAUUGCUUUUUUGCAGCAGGUUAACAGAAUUUCUAUUAAGUAUCUGUCUUGUUUCUUUAUAUUCCCCAAAUACAAAAAGCUGAAAGAGCAGUCCAUAUCUGAACCUAUAAUUGAUCUGAUUUCUUUGAUCUCAAGUUUCCCCAAAACAUUGAAAUUGUAGGACAAUCCCAGAAAAUGUAAAAAUGUCCAGCAGACGUUUUGCCACACAUCCUCCAACAGGGUCACCAAGCUCAGGUCUGUUGGUCUGGGACCCUUUGAUUUUUGGAGUGAUGAAAAAUCUUUGAAUAUUUUUCCAUAUAAACUCUCUCCACAGACUAUUCCAUUCAUUAAACUACUUGAGAGGUAUAUCUGCCAGCAGUGACUGAAAGAGAAAGAACAGCCUAGGCAAUAUGUUCAUCUGUACUACCUUUAUUCUAUUAUACAUGCUCAUUGGUAAUAGUGACCACCUGUUUAGGUCUCCUUUAAUUGUUUGCUGUAAUUGGAGUAUAAUUGUUGUCAUAAAUGGAAGUUAAGUCUUUAGGUAUAUGAACACCUAAAUAUUUAAUUGUUCUGUCUAUUUAAAUUGGCAUUUUCUGGAAAUUAUCUCUGUAUAUUUGUAGUUAAAGGUAAGGAAGGGUCUGUGUUUUAUAUAAGUUUAGUCUGUAGCCAGGAUAUGACCCAACUUUUUCUAGGAUGGACAGGACUCUCAGUAGACCUGUCUCUGGGCAAGUGAGUGUCAUAAGAAUGUCCUUUUGUGUUGAGUCUCUCCAAUAAAAAUGCCCAUUACAU